CACUCAGUGGGGGAGGUAGAGUUUAGAUCAAACCUUGCACUGGAGGAUAGCAGGACUGCGUACCCCAUAUGCUGCCUUAUGAAAGAAAUAUUACAAAUGGGCCUUCUUAUAAAGCUCUACAUUGAACAGAAAGAGUUACAAUGGAAUUAAUUGACUAUAUAUACCCCAAAUUGUUUUACAGAAGGAUGCUACUCGUACUGGUUGGAAUACUUGGAUAUUUUUCUUGCUCAAACUGCGAUGCCUCUGCUAUUAAUGGUCCUUGGAGACGCAUUGGAGCCAGAAGAGUCAAUCCCCCAUACGCAACACCAUCAGCGCCAAUGCCUGAUUUCGAUUUCAUGCUUUCACAUUCAAUGCCUAUGCUAUGUCCGUCAACGUCAAUAGGUAUCCCAAGGAAAAUGACGCUCACAGACGCACAGAUGUUGGAACUUCUGCACGCGAACGGGGGCUCGUUCAACCCAAGUGUCAUGGCGGCUGCAAGAGCAGCAGCAGAUCAGUUCCCAAAUUUAAUACCACUGACACAAUAUACAGAGGAUGACCAAAUUGACAGAACGUUCGACUUCGAUCCUGUCACAGACAACGAGAUUGCCAAGCAGACCUUGAUAGAAGAUUUAAAUAAAUGGUCGUCGUUAAAACAGCAAGUGGUCAAUGGAACAUUACCCAGAGCUACUGUGUCUUCAAUGCAUUCAACCACCCAAUCAGUGGAACAGGGAGGAUCUCCAACAACACCGGAUGUGUUUGGAAGUGUAAAUCAGGAUUCCAUGUCUAGUACAAAUGACCAUCAACAAGAAAGUGCAAUAGUUGAUCAAAAGUUGAAGUCCAAAUUGGAACAACUUCAUAAACAAAUAGAGCUGUUACUACAAGGCAAUUCAAUUAGAUCCGAAGGUGUGAUGGGUCUGAUGAACAGUUUCAAUAUCAGUACGCAUCCGCGCAUAUUACAAGGACUAGAUCCGGGCUCUAGACUUGGACCACAGAGAGUCAUUAGGAGUACAGAUGGUUCGACGUCCGUCAUACAGUACUGUCGACAGAAGGGCAACGCUACUGCUGAUGGGUUCUUACACAUGUGUGACGAGUGCGCAGCUACCACCACCUUAGCUUCAGACAAGUUCCCGCCGUAUCUUAACGAGAUUGUUUGCGGAACAAGUGACAGAACGUGCCUGACCGUCCGUGGCACACCUCACGGUGCCUGUAAACAAAGUUUUAUAUACGUAAACAUGCUACGGAGACGACCUGGAGGAUGUCGCAUAAUGAUACAGAAUGGACAACAGGUUUUGGUAGACGCAUGGGAGGUCUAUACUCAGAAGAUUCGAUCAGGAUGCGAGUGUUUUAUUAACAGACAGUCUCUCUUCGCCAAAUACAUCGGGCCACUCGGCUAGCAACAAUAGACACCCAUAGAAAACUUCAAAAGAUGAUUUGCUGUAAAUGAAAUGUGUGGCACGCGUGCAGUAGUUGCAGCUAUGAUGAAUGAUUUUUGUGAAUGUUAAUAAUGAGGUGUGGCUACUUUUAAUAUUAUUUAUUAGCCUUUCUUCUGGGUCUGACAACCAAUUACAACCAACACCGGGAGUCAAAGCCAUGCUUGGUAUCACUUUGUCAAACGCUUUGAGCCAUCAUGGCCAUCUGGAAAUUCUUUUGAAAGUGUUUAUACGAACGUGUUUCGAUUUAAGUACUUAAUUCUAUCACAUAGCUUACUUCGAACAAAUAUCAAGAACAUAUGUGCGUCACUAGCCUCCCAACGACAAUGACUGAAAAAGCAGUUAGCAACCAUAGGAGCUAUGACUGCCAUUAGCCGAGUGCUGACGUCAUCAUUAUUAUAACACCAUGAUGGUAAUGCAUACUAAAUAUGUGAUAAAUGUUUUAUCUGAACUAAGUUCUGAUUUCUUAGAAGUAAUGUCAAGUUUUAGAUUCAAGAAAAAAUAGUUAAAUAGUUAUGAUCAUGGAACUGCUUUAAGUUGGUUUUCAUACAUAUGUAUUAAAAAUGAAUGCCAAUUAGGAUCACGCAGUUACACGUUGAUGCUUUAUCACACUUCAUGGAAUUUGCCGUUUCCAGUUGAUAUUGUGUCAGCUUAUGUCUGCAUGUUGGCCCAGUGUUAAACUUAGAUAACAUUGCGAAUAUAUAGACUUUUAUUUAGACUAAAACCCAUGGUAUACAUUGUCCAUCCAUGGCAUACAAACACACCACGUGUUGGUCAACUGUUCGCCAUUACUUUCAUUUCAUUUCUAAUUUGUUUGUGAGGCUCCUUGAUUAAUUUUGUUGUUCAAAAAUGUCCAAUGUUUUGCUUUGUUUAAUGUGUGAUCACAUUCAAUCUGGGUGUUAUAAUAUGUGUACAUUUGUAUAGCCCGAAUCUCAUUUGUGAUAUAUGUACUUAAGUAGCUAUUUCUCAACCAUUUCAGUUCAUAAUAAUGCCAUGUAUAGCUGACGGACGUGCAUCUAUACAUAUAUUUCUGCUUGAAUUUGUGUGUGCGAUUUUUGUUUUUUGUAUGGUAUCUCAUGUGUGAACGGAGGAGUAAUGUUAAAAGUAUAUCAUGGAUUUUACAUGACGUCUGCAAAAUGUGCAAAACUUAAACGCACGAUUAUACAAAACAGGUGUCACUCAAUGAAAUUUUCGAUCAAAUGCUACUAACAUUGUAUACUGACAUCGUUGUG